AUACAACCUCUAAAUACAAUUAUGAACCUGAAAAUGAGCAUAAUAUGAGCACUUUAAAAUAAAUGAGAGCUGGGAGGUGAUGUGGAGAAUUAUUGUGAUGGCAGGUGUUGUAGUAUAGUCUUUCCAGUCUGACUAUAUGUGGUUACAUGUUCUCGGAGUCUGAGUCUGAAAAGGACCACCUCCUCGUUAUGCCGUUUUGCACUUCAGUUUCUGGUUUCUGUUAUUCUCUCCUGCACUGUUCCCCCUCUCUGCCUGUGCUGGUGUUAAAUGAAAAGGGUCAAUGCUAGCCUGAGAAACCCCCUCCCCCCAGCUUACUAUACAUGAGGGCUAACAGUUUUUCUAUUAGGUGUUGUUGUUUGCCAUCUACAGAAACUCCUAAUGGAGCUUAAGUGUUUUUCUCCAGAGGAAAAUACCAUGAAGAGUGAAAGAGAAGCAACAAGUUUUAAGUGUUUCUGUGCAUCUUGCAAUUAAUUGAAGGAGUCUGGUUUUAGUCUGCAAGAAACAAAAGUAUGCUAGAAAAGUAUGAAUUUAGUUUGCUUGUGUUUUCACUUCUGGUCAAUUGUAAUGAAACUAGACCAUGGAGGUUGAUUCUGCAGUGUCUUCCAUAUAAGUCGAUGUAUUUAACUUUUUCAUGUAUGGAUGAAAAGAAAGAAAUCAUGCUCAGAUUUUAGAGGUGUUGUAGACGGAAAGGAGACCCUAGGAUCAUGUACCAUACUUGAAGUUGUGUAUCUUUUAAGCCAUUACAGUACAGUAACAAGAUGCAGUGCUAUUCCACAGUAUAUGCCUGAAACUAUAUAUUUUUAAGGAGUGUUGUAGUUUUUGUGUGGGAUGUCAGGGUUUAAGCGUGUUUUGGUGAGUUUGUACCAAAUGUGAGUUUUUCAUACUCUUCAGUUAUUCUUCUGUCUUGAUUUUUCUCUGUAUUUCUGCCAGUUAUAAUACAGCAGAGGAAAACAACGAGAAGAGAAUGGAAAUGUACAUUUGGAACAGAAAAUUAAUUUUAAAAUUGUCCUUAAUCUAAAAUAAAAUAAAGUAAAAUAUACAGUAAUAUUUAGCAUAACCGAUUUAAUAUUAAUUAAAAGACAUAGUAUAUAUGUAUUUUCUCACACCACAUUGUUUCCACUGAGCUUUAUUGUCACAUCUCCUAACUUUCCUCAACUCACUAAUAAUAUACGUAAAAAUUUUUUUUUUGUUGUCCAUUUAGACGUCCACUCAGCACUGGUGUUCACUGCCACAUAGCCAAUAUACUCACUCAACAAAUGUGGUCCCAUAGUUUGGUAAAAGGAGUUUAGUUUUUGUGAUGACCAGUUUGUUGCACCACAAAGAGCACCAUUGUGGUAUCAGAACUGAACUGUUCUUUUUAGGUUCCUUUUUUUUCUGACUGUUGAAAAUUGUAUUUUUCAGAUUUUUCUGUAUGAAGCUAGAAUAAGUUUUGGUAUACCCUGAUACAGUGUGAAAAUCCACCACGUUUCACAAAAUGUUCCUUUUUUUGAGGUGAAAUAAAUGUUUAUAUCUGCCUGGACUUUUUUUUUUUUUUUUGGUCUGUCACAGUGACUCAGACCGUAAAUGCACAGGAUGUUGAAAACAAAGUUUCGGAUUUGGGAAAUAAAAAGUGGAAGGGACACAAAAAAAAAAUUAAAAGACAGAAGUGAAAAAUAGGUACAUGUUGAAGCUCAAAGAAGGGGAAAUGAAACUGAUCUGUCAUCAGGGAAAUUAAGAUAAAAAAAUUAAGGGAGAAUUGAAGAGAAACUGCACCUGAGAUUAGGAAGCAAGACUGAGAAUAUAAGUUACGGUGGGGGUUCUGAAUCCUCUUGUUAUUCUGCAUUCAUGCUUCCAUCACUUUACCUGCUGGACCCGUUUGCUCUCCUGUCAGGUUGCUCAGCCCAUAAUAAUAACAGGCCGUCGGCUUGUGUCACGCCAACACCCUGGAGUGAAAUAUCACAAAUACCACACCAUUUACUCCGUCCUGAGACAUCAGCAGUGUUUAGCUGGCAGUCUGGCAGCUUGUAUAAGAGUGUGAACAACAGGAAUAGAUUAAAAAUGGAUUUUAAUUAAAGUGUACGACAAAAAAGGUAAUGCGAGAGCUCAUUGUCACCAAAUAAAUCAGAAUCAUGCAUGUGACGUGAUUUAUUUGAGAGGUGGGCAUCAUAAGCUGGUGCUGUUUGUGUGUGAGAGAGAGAAGACAGGUGAGUGGGUGUGUCUAAGGCUGUUAUUCUUUCUUUCACACACGCACACACACACACUCUCAGGUCUUAUAUAAACCCUGCUGAACCGGUUACUGCACAUUACCUGUAACACACACUCCUUCACCUGACACUGUGUAAGUGGCUCUGGCGGCUACAUAUUAGUUGUAAGUGUGUUUAAAGUGUAGCUACACUUUACCUGCGGGAGUAUCUCUCUCUCCGUUAUUCACCUUUGGACCAAAAAAGUUUAUGUGUGUCGGGACGACUUGGACUUUAUCCUGAUUAUUUCCUGUUCAUGCUCGUACGCUGGAUCGACUUCCCGCCUGCAUAAUUUCAAAGAAAAACAAGACUGCUUCAUCUUUUUGAACUACUUUACAUCUCCGAUUCAUUCAGGAGAUACUAUCAUUCUGACCUGACAAAGUCAAAACGCUCCUGGUGGAUUUUGUUGAUUUUCUCUAAAUUGGAAUUGGAAGCGUUACCUACAAAGUUUGUAUUUAUUUGUGUGAGUGUUAGCAGCUCCUGGGGCGGCUGCAUAUUAGGGCAAGAUGAUGGAGGAUGUGUCCAUGAUGAUGGCGUAUGAUGCCCAUGUUAUGGACCAGAUGAGCGAAGAAGAGAUCCUGGCCUGUCUGGUGGAAGAAAUAGGACCUACGUUUACAGUCCCAACAAACAAAUCUGAACUGAGGGAAAGCCGGCUUCAAAUAAUGGAUGAAGAAGAGUCUUUGAACAAAUACCUGAAUGAGAACCGUCGGCUGCAGCAGGCCAGCCUCCGUCUGGAGCAGGAGAACGACAGCCUUGCCCACAGACUGAUCACCAGCAAGGUGGCCCUGAGGAACGCUCUGGACAAGGUGGAGGACAGAGUGGAUGAACUCACCAAAGACCUUUUUCAGACCAGACAUCGACUGCUGGCUACAGAAGAGGAGAAGAGAGGGAAAGAGGAGGAAGCUGCAGUGUCGAAGGAAGUGUUUCGGAGAGAGCUGGAGAAGGCCGAGCAGGAAGUCAGAAGAUCGUCGGGUAUCAUUGUGGACUACAAACAGAUCUGCUCUCAGCUGACAAACCGUCUGGAGAGGCAGCAGGCUGCCCACAGAGAAGAGUUAGAUUCACUCAAGAGUGCAGUGAAGGCUUGCUCACGCUGUCGACACGUCGUAGAAUCAGAUGAACCAUCCGCCACAGCUGAGAAAUCUCCAACAUCCGCAGAGAUAGAAGGCCACGGGGAGGGCGAACCAGGCUGGGAAGAGGACAACGAAGGUCAAAAAAAGGCAGAGCAGAAGAGAGAAAACCAGGAGAAGGCGUCCCUCAAGGACCAGAUCAGGGAGCUGGAGCAGGAGUUGGCCAAGACCAAACUCCAGAUGGUGGAGGCCAAGUGCAAGAUCCAGGAGCUGCAGCACCAGAAGGGAAUCCUGGCCAACGAUCUCCAGAAAGCAAAGAACAGUUGGAUCAGCAAGGCCUUCACCUCCCUACGGACCUCCAGCGGAGAGGGACUUCAUAGUAUUAGCAUACCCAGAGAUGGAUCUCCCACAGUGGGCUGGAACCUCCACAGCGGCUCCCUCUCUGGAUGGAGCGCAAAGAAGCUGUUGCGGCCUAUCGGAGACAAUCGAUAAAAUGUCUGAUAGCUCGGACUGUGAGUGGGCAGAUCACUUAAAAGUGUACACAUCGGAAGGAUCAUACCUCAGAGUAUUAAUUGACAAUGUUAUUAUGUAGUCAAUACUGUAGCUGCUAUUUCUUGUUUCGGGCACUAGAGGACAGUCUAGAGUGCAAAACGAUCAGAGGAGAGUACCUGAGAGCAUACAGGUACUCUCUUUUCUGUUCACCACUUUCCAACUAGUGUAUCCACUGAUAAGGGUAUUUUUAUAUUUGUAAACCAAA